CAUUUUGCAAGCCUGUACAUCGGAAGGAGAUCCAUUAAGUGCUAUUGGUAUUGAAGAAUCCUCAAGAGAGAGCUCCUCUGAUUCUUCCUCUACCCAAUUAAGAUCAGAGGCAACUAGCUUUGAAACCAUCCAUCCAAAUCCCAAUCCCAACCAAGCAAAUUCCUCAACACCUCCACUCUCCCAUGCUCAAGAGAGAGCUCCUCAAAACAAUUCGACUGAAGCACUCAAAUUUGGAAGUUUCCCUAACGUGCCCAACUCUAAACAUUCUCCUGGAGGGCUAACCCCUGAGAAAGACAGUUUGUCAUCUAUGCUUGAUAGUCUUGAAAAAUGCUUAGGCUUCACUGAGGAAUAUAUGCAAAACAAAUCUCAAACAUGUACCUCUGAAGAAAAGUCAGGAGCCGUUCGAAAAUGGCGCACCAAGAAAGAAUUAGCAGCACUUCGGAGGAAGUCCUUCCAUAUGGAGAGAAAUUACAGGGCUUAUGGGUCCAAAGGAGGCUUCAAGUCGGGGAAAGUCACAGUUGGUGGUUUCUUUGUGGAGAAGAGGAUGAAGCCUCCGUCUGAACUUCCUGGAGCACGUACAACAGUUGGUUCCUCAAAGUCAAGUGCUCAAGGUGGAGCCACCAUCCCUUCAUCAGAUGGAAGGCAUCAUGCUUCAACCAGUAGUCCAUCUGCUUCACCUGCAACAGGUUGCUCAUCAACAGUACCUGAAAAAGGUACCAUAUCUUCCUUGCCUUCUGCAGAUACCAAGUUUUCCCAGAAAUCUGGGUUGGAAGAGAUAUCUGGACCUAAGACCCCAGUUUGCACCUCCGAAUCCCCCAAGAUUCUUGAUUACUGUGCUGGCAUUCCAUAUGAUAAGUCUAUAGGAAAGUAUGUACCACAAGAUGAGAAGGAUGAGCUGAUUUUGAAGCUAGUUCCUAGGCUGGAGGAGCUGCAGAAUGAGCUACAAGGCUGGACUAAGUGGGCCAAUGAGAAGGUUAUGCAGGUUUCUCGUAGGCUUAGUAAGGAACGGCCUGAACUUAAAAUGCUGAGGCAAGAGAAGGAAGAAGCGGAGCAAUUUAAGAAGGAGAAACUAAUGUUGGAGGAGAACACCAUGAAGAGGCUGUCUGAGUUGGAGCAUGCCUUGAACAAUGCAACUGGCCAGGUUGAGAGAGCUAAGUCUAAUAUCUGUAGGCUUGAGGUGGAGAAUUCCACUCUGAAAAAGAAGUUGCUUGCUGCCAAAAAAAUAGCUUUGGAGAAAGCAAGACGUCACCUGGAUGCAUUAGACCAAGAGCAGAGAUCACUGAAAAGGGCCCAGGCAUGGGAGGGGGAGAUAAGCUCAUUGCAGGAGGAGCUUGAAACAGAAAAGAAGAAGGUGGCUUCACUUCAACAGGAUCUAGGCAAGGCAAAAAGUGUCCAUCAUCAAAUCGAGGCUAGAUGGAAAUGGGAGAACACAGAAAAUGAGAAACUACUUGCACAUGCUAACUCCAUAAGAAAUGAAAGAGAACAGCGUGAAGCUUUGGCAAAAGUGGAGGAGGACAGGAUCAAACAGAAGGCAGAAAAUGAUAUGCAGAAGUAUAUGGAAGACAUCAAAGAACUUGAGAGCAAGUUAUCUGAAUUUCAAUUGAAGUCUGACUCUUCAAGAAUUGCAGCACUAAGAAGGGGAGCUGCUGGAAGCUUUGGAGGUUGCCUGUCAGACAGAAAAACUGUGAUGGCAACAAAGGGAACCCAAAAUUUUACCAGCAUCAAGAGGGUAAUGAAUUCCGAGGACUAUUUUGGGACUGGAAGUUUGAGACAGGACCGCGAGUGUGUGAUGUGCCUAUCUGAGGAGAUGUCAGUGGUUUUCCUUCCGUGUGCGCAUCAGGUUGUUUGUGCAAAAUGCAAUGAGCUUCAUAAGAAACAAGGAAUGGAGGACUGUCCUUCUUGUAGGACUCCAAUUCAACGAAGGAUCAAUGUGCAGUAUGCUCAUCCAUAGUGUGUAAACCUUCUAGUGAGAAUAGUGACUGGAUAAUGAGAG